CGAUAUUUCUAUAUGGAUUCAGAGAUUUGAGCUGCAUAAUCAACCCGUGUGUUAGUUUCUGGCUUCAUACAUUUUCUAAUUUUCGAAUUGAGCUCCCAUAUACGAAAUUCAGUUAGAUUAUCCAAGUUUCAAUUUAAUUCAAAUUCAUUUUAUUUUUCCAUUUUAAUUUUCCGAUAAGCAGUUUUGUAGAAGCUGCAAUGAAGCUCAACCUCAUUUUUCUUUCUGUGGUUUUGGUUAUGCAAUAUGAGUGGUUGGGAGUGAAUUGUGACUGUCAGAACAUUGAUAAUUUUGAAACAUUCAAAGCGAAGACUCAGGGAGGCAAGGCAGCUGUGUUAUUGUUGAAGUGUGGAACUACUGCUCCUACCAUACAGAUGACGAAGGAUACACAAGCAGAGAUGGAGCAAUGUGUAAGUAAGAAUAAUAUACCUUGUUAUCAAAAUGACUUUGGAGAUGAUGCGACACCAGAGUCAUUCAGAUCUUUGGAUUUUCCUAUAUGCCCUGCAUUUUUUCUUUUCAAAGAUGGCAAACAGAUCAAACGGGGUGAGCGAAAAAUUGGGACCAAAGACUUGGGAGCAUAUCGAUGCUAUGUGUAACAAGAAUUUAUAAUUAUCAAACUCAGAUUCAUAUUAUUUGUUUUAUAUAUUCAAUAUUGUUAUCAUUAAUUGGUUUCAGGAAUGAUGUUUUCAUUAUCAUAAUAUAAAAUAUAUUUUAUUUGUGUCAGUUCAUUGAAAAUAAAAAAAAAUGAAUAGAACAUGGAUAAAAUGUGAA